AUGCCUCCUAAAGGAAAGAAAGCGGCGCCUGCGCCCUUCCCCCAGGGCAAGGCCGGUGGAAGCAAGAAGCCCGCCAAGAACCCCCUCAUCGAGAAGCGCCCCAGGAACUAUGGCAUCGGUCAGGACAUCCAGCCCCAGCGCAACCUCGGCCGCAUGGUGCGAUGGCCCGCAUACGUCCGUCUUCAGCGCCAGAAGAAGAUCCUCAACAUGCGCCUGAAGGUCCCACCUGCGAUCGCCCAGUUCCAGCACGUUGCUGACCGCAACCUGGCUACCCAGGCUUUCAAGAUCCUCAACAAGUACCGCCCCGAGACCAAGGCCGACAAGAAGGAGCGCCUGACCAAGGAGGCUACCGCCAUCUCCGAGGGCAAGAAGAAGGAGGAUGUCAGCAAGAAGCCAUACACCACCAAGUUCGGUUUGAACCACGUUGUCGGCCUUGUCGAGAACAAGAAGGCUUCCCUCGUCCUGAUCGCCAACGACGUUGACCCCAUCGAGCUCGUUGUCUACCUCCCCGCCCUCUGCCGCAAGAUGGGUGUCCCAUACGUUAUCGUCAAGGGCAAGGCCAGACUCGGCACGGUCGUCCACCAGAAGACCGCCGCCGUCCUCGCUCUUACCGAGGUCCGCUCCGAGGACAAGACUGAGCUCUCUAAGCUCGUCUCCGCCGUCAACGAUGGUUACCUCGAGUCACAUCACAAGGAUGCCUCGCGCCACUGGGGCGGUGGUAUCAUGGGUGCCAAGGCCAAUGCCCGCAUGGACAAGCGCAAGAAGGCUAUUGAGAGCGCUAUCAAGAUUUAA